AGAAAGUUUACUGGUCUACUGGUAUCAGGUCCCAGAUAUGAACACGUUAGAAGAGUUAGUAAACAUCUUGUCUACUAUGAACUUGCCCCGAACUGUGUUCACGUGCAAACGGCGUGACAGUUGUCUUGCGCGUCCAUCACGUGAGAAGGAACGCGGACGUUCUAAGACGCGCGAGCGCAAAACGGUUCCGCUAAAGCUGAACAGGGACACGACCAGCACUGCACCGCCUGUCAAAAUAAAAGUCUCUGGCGCAGGAACAUUUCAGAUGAGUUCAGCGAAGCCUAGGUUUUUCGUGUUUUCUGUGGAAAAUCAAUAAGUAAAAUGAGUGUUUGUUUCUGAAACAAGAUAUAAGGAAUGGAGAACAGCAGUAAACGUGAAUAAAGAAAUCACUGUGUGUUUGUCAAAUCUGACUUCACACAUCGCCGUUGAUGUGAAAGCUGGAACGUGGGGAGGGCGACGGCUAAGCUCGCCAGAGUCUUCGUUAGCAACGUGGGAAAUGUCGUUGAACAGAAAAUAUCGCCUAGCGCAAUGGUUGCGCAUUUGUUUCACGCAUCGUGCAAGGCACGGACGCGACGGUGAACCAGGUUCAGUUCCGCGUACUCUCAGGCGCGUGGAGCACGCGGCCGUGUAAUGCCACCCGCGCCGGGGACGUGUGGUUGUUCCCCUUGCGCAAAUCUGUGACAAGUCCGUGGACAGUCGAGCACUGUUCCUGUAGCGUGUUUGUGCAGCGUGCACACAUAGCUGAGGUUGCGGCCAAAAGCUGCUUUGGGUCCCUCGGGCUCGCGCGGAGAACCAUGGGUGCCCUGCGCUGCUUCUCGGUGCUCUUGGGAAAGUUCACGACCUUCAGGUGCUACCAGGUGGCGCUGCUGCUGGCUGCGGCCUUCGCCGUGGUGGCGUUUUAUUACUUCGGCGCGGAAAAGCAGAACUUCUCCAGCACGACAAAGCGAAUAAAGGAACAGACCCAAGCGAGCGGCAACUCGAACCGCGACGACGCCGACCUGGACCGCGUGGGAAAGUCGCGCGUUGUCGACGAAGGAGCAGACCAUCAGAAAAGGGCACGCGACCGGCGUCACUUCCAUGCCUUGAUGAUGUUCACCAAAGUCGACAAGAGCACGACGCUGCAGGGCAAGUUUGAGGUGGCCAUGCGUUCCUUGGUCAAGCACGGCCAUUUCCUGGAGGAUGAAGUGCUGGUUCUCCAUUAUGUUUCGGAUGCAGCGAGCAAGGAGCUCGGCGAGAAGGUGCUACCGAAGCUGAUGAUGGACGCAGCUUUUCAGUACGAGGUGGUGUUCCAUGAUGUGGUGGUGCUGACGGAGAAGCUCUUCCCCGUCGUGGAGGCCAUGCAGAGGCACUUCAGCGCGGGCUCCGGGGCCUACUACAGCGAUGCCAUCUUCUUCCUCUCUGUCGCCAUGCAUCGCGUCAUGCCUGCAGAGAUUACCCGUAUCGUGCAGUUGGACCUGGAUCUGAAGUACAGGACGAACAUCCGAAACCUUUUCCAAGAGUUCGGACACUUCUCUCCUGAAGCAGUGAUCGGGAUCGUCCGUGAGAUGCAGCCGGUGUAUAGGCACACCUUCUGGCAGUACCGUAAAGAGAACCCCCGGUCGGGCGUGGGCGACCCCCCUCCUGGCGGUAUGCCUGGUUUCAACAGUGGCGUGAUGCUCCUACACCUGCAGGCCAUGCGCCGCUCGGCGCUUUACAAUCGGCUUCUGGAACCGGAGCAGGUGGCCCGGCUGGCCGAGCGCUACCGCUUCCGCGGACACCUGGGCGACCAGGACUUCUUCACCAUGAUCGGCAUGGAGCAUCCGGAGCUCUUCCACCCGCUGUCGUGCGGCUGGAAUCGGCAGCUGUGCACCUGGUGGCGGGAGCACGGCUACGCCGACGUCUUCCGGCUCUACUACCGCUGCGACGAGCCCGUGCACAUCUACCACGGCAACUGCAACACCCCCAUCCCCGACGACUGAGCCGCGACGCGGACCUGCAGCCGAAAGAAGCGAGUGAAGACUGACGGGCAGGUCUGCCGAGGGCAGAUGUGGGAGCAGAGGAUGUACCUUCAUUUGUCGUCUUGGGCACGUCGACGCACAUUUAGCCAACAGGAAGUCACUUUGCAAUAUGUAGCCACCGUCCCACGGUGCACUCGGAGAUGAUCUGCGUCGUGCGCCGUCCCCCGCUUCUGCUUGGAUCUACGAAAACCCGGCCGAGUUCCACGGGAAGCGGCUUGCGCCCUGUGCGUUUGCAGGUGAGCGAGGUAACGGGGUGUUCAUUCGCAGCCCACCGAGAUGCCCCGUGCUGACGCGCGGCCCACGGCAGCUCUUCAUCGAGCGUCCGAUCCGUUUUUAGACGGCCCUGAAAAUGGCCGAUUCUGACUCAUCGUCAGACACCCCGCGGAGGAGCCGUCACCUCUGCGUGUCUGCAGCCCACGGCGCAGACGGCCGUGCCGGGACGGACGUAACGGAAAGCGCAGCCACACCUGCCAGGAGACCCUUUUUUCCUGGUGGUUCUCCGAGGUCUUGCCCCCUUGCACCCUACUGAGAAUUAGCUCUGCGCACCACAGCACACGCGGCAAACAGAGAAGCCGGAUCAUCAUGAACAUGUCAGGUACUCUCUUUUCAGGGUCCGGCCUCCACGGUACCCCAGGACAGUGGCCCUGGCCUGGAAAGCAGGAUUCCGGAUAUUCCAUCAGGAUUAAAGCCAUUAAGGUGUGCACACAUCGAGUAUGGCUGCAUUUGGCAAACCUGCUCCAGACGCUCUGGGCGAGUCUAGUGCAGGAUUCUGGCAUGCUUCAGAUCGACGUCCGUGUGGGAGAUCUCGACGCCCUUUUGUGGCGAGUCCUGUGACUAUUGGCCAGCGAGAUGCUACGCACCACGUCCUGGCUGACAUCCUGCGUGGUGCGGCACGCAGUGCUUUGUGACACUGAAAAUUGGGAUGUCGGUGCUGACAGAUCAGUUCCCCCGUGACUGACAGCUCAACUCUAGCACACAGCUGACUGUUUUCUUUAAAUGUCAUUCCAUUUCCACUGCCGCGUUUUACCAGUUGAAAACGUAUUUUCAAGAUGUGGUUUUUCACUCUUUUGUCUCUUCUGUGGGGUGAGUCUCCUCCCCCUCUCUCAUGUGAUUGUUUUUUUUUGUUGUUGUUUUUUUUUUUUUUUUUAUUACAGAAUGUCUCUCUUCUGUUUAGUUUUUGGCAGUGCAGUUUGUGUGUUAAAAACAGGUGUUCGUCGUGACCUUUGUUUGAAAGUGUGACUGCAAGUAUGAGACUUUACAGCAAACAGACAGAAUGGAGUAUUUUACCUUGAACCACAAUUAACAUAAGAGCCCAAGCACAAAAAAAAAAGUGCCUAAAAGAAUGACUCUGUCUCCGAGUGACGAUGGACAGUGCUUUAGUCUGGGCAUUCCCAACCUUGUAAUGGGACACAUGUUUACUUCUUGAAUACCAGCCACAGAGCCAGCCUAUGUUUAUCGGAGCAGAAUUCCAAAGAAUCACAUUCCAGGAAGUUAAGUUCUUUUAUUUAGGACAGUUGAAGUGCUGUCUUGGUAUGGUACCAACCUUCCUCAAACGCGUUCAGCCUCGCUGUGCGUUAAUGCAUGACUCUUAUUUCAUGGACUUUGUUGGCUAUUCACUUCUACUGCUGUUCCUGCUGGGGCAUCUUACAAGAUGUGAUGUUUCGAUUUUUAUUACAAAUAAAUAAAUAAAUAGACGAAAUCCCAACUGAACUGAU